CUGGGUCUGUUGGCAACUGGCGUGCGUAAAGGCUUUGCAGAAUGGAGAACAGUGGGUUCCCUCAUUGGCCAGAAAAUGUUAUUUUGAGCCGCCCGCUUUCUGGCAAAGAAGAUGAUCACCUGUCUGCGGGGAGCAACAUGGAGGUGGACGACCGCUUGUCUCACCUGGAGCAGCGUCUGCAGCUACAGGAGGACGAGAUCCAGCUGCUGAAGGCCGCGCUGGCCGACGCGCUGCGCAGACUCGGCCUCUGCGAGGAGCAGUCGCAGGCGGGACCGCGCAGACCCGCACCCACCAAAGUGCGUCAGCUGCUGCAGGCGUUGCCAUCCAAGCCCAUCAGCAAUGGCUACGUGCAGCAGAAGAGACUGGGGGGCUUCCCCUCCUCCCCCUCCUCACCCAAGAAGGAAGUCCUCAUGUCCAUCAAGCGGAAGAGCAUGUCGACGGAGCGUCUGUCCACCUCACGGAGGGACUUGACGGACACCCGCAGCCGAACAACCUCCUCAAGCAGCUCCUGUGGCGGCAAGAGAGACAGCCAAUCCAAGGAGUGCACACUCAAUGCAGAGGAUGGCUAUGUGCGCAUGUUCCUGCGUGGGCGCCCGGUCACCAUGCACAUCCCCGAUGACCAGAGGGACAGUUAUAGCCUUGACCAGAAGAUGGCGCUGCCGGAUCGCAAACUCAAGCUGCAAUGGGUGUAUGGCUACCGCGGUCGUGACUGCCGCAGCAACCUGUACCUGCUGCCCACAGGUGAGAUCGUCUACUUCAACGCCUCCGUGGUCGUGCUCUACAACGUGGAGGAGCAGCAGCAGAGGCACUACCUGGGCCACAACGACGACGUCAAGUGCUUGGCUAUCCACCCAGACAUGGUCACCAUAGCAACAGGACAAGUUGCUGGAACCUCCAAAGAUGGCAAGGCUCUGCCUCCUCAUGUGCGUGUGUGGGACUCGGUCAGCCUGAACACUCUCCACAUCCUGGGAAUGGGGGUGUUCGACCGCGCUGUCACCUGCGUGGCCUUUUCCAAAUCGAAUGGAGGUGCACACCUGUGUGCUGUGGACGAUGCCAACGACCACAUCCUGUCCGUGUGGGACUGGCAGAUGGAGAAGCAACUGGCGGAAGUGAAGUGUUCCAAUGAUUCUGUGCUGGGAGCUGCCUUCCACCCCAUGGAGGCUAACCUGAUUGUCACCUGCGGAAAGUCCCACAUCAACUUCUGGACCAUGGAGGGCAACACGCUCUCCAAGAGGCAAGGCCUAUUUGAGAAACACGAGAAGCCCAAGUAUGUGCUGUGUGUGGCCUUUGCUGAGAAUGGAGACGCCAUCACUGGGGACUCCAGUGGGAACAUCUACACCUGGGCCAAAGGCGGCAACAAAAUCAGCCAUGCCGUGUCGGGGGCCCACGAGGGCGGGGUCUUCUCCCUGUGCGUGCUGAAGGACGGCACGCUGGUGUCGGGCGGAGGGAAGGACCGCAGGGUGGUGCACUGGGACCAUGAGUACCACAAGCAGACUGAGGUGGAGGUUCCUGAGGCGUAUGGCCCUGUGCGCUGCCUGACCGAGGGCAGACAGGAGGAGCUGUUUGUGGGUACGACCCGUAACGCCAUCCUGCAGGGCUCCUUUUCCGGAGAACUCUCACCCAUCGUACAGGGCCACACAGAUGAGCUGUGGGGCCUGGAUGUCCACCCCUCCAUGGAGCAGUUUGUGACGUGCGGCCAGGACAAGCAGGUCCACCUGUGGGACACCACCACCCACCAGCCCCUCUGGAGCAAAGCCGUCGAGGAUCCGGCUCGUUCUGCAGGGUUCCACCCCAGUGGUGAGGUACUCGCUGUGGGGACCAUGACCGGACGCUGGGUGGUGCUGGACACGGAGACCAGAGACCUGGUGUCAGUGCACACCGACGGCAACGAGAUCAUCUCCAACGUCAAGUACUCCCCAGAUGGGGCUUAUCUGGCGGUGGCGUCGCAUGAUAACUUUGUGUACAUCUAUUCCGUGACGGAGAACGGCAGGAAGUACAGCCGCGUGGGGAAAUGCACUGGACACUCCAGCUUCGUGACCCAUCUGGAUUGGUCCGCCGACAGCCAGUUUAUUGUCACCAACUCAGGAGACUACGAGAUCCUUUACUGGGAAGCAUCCAGUGGCAAACACAUCACCAGCAUGGACACAGUGCGCAACCUGGAGUGGGCUACCGCCACCUGCGUCCUGGGCUUCAAUGUCUUUGGCAUCUGGCCAGACGGUGCUGACGGAACAGACCUCAACGCUGUGUGCCGGUCACAUGAUGCAGCUCUCCUGGCCUCCGCCGACGACUUCGGCAAAGUGCACUUGUUCUCCAACCCCUGCUGCCAGCCCAGGGCUCCCGGCCAUCAAUAUGGAGGCCACAGCAGCCACGUAACCAACGUUGCCUUUCUUCACGACGACAGAAACCUCAUCUCUACCGGAGGGAAGGACACCAGCAUUCUGCAGUGGCAGCUAGCCUAGCUUGGCCUAGCCUAGCCUAGCCUUGUCUAGCCUUGGUGUUAGCACUUGCUUGAGUCCGGAGGCGCACAUAUCGGGUUCACAGGAAGUAAAAGUCCUGCCAGCUCCACUGAGCCAGCUAGCCCAUAGGUAGAGGAGGUACUUUGUGAAAUCGAUUGGCAGAAGGAAUACAGUGCAUGGCGGGGCUUUUACUUUAGUCAAUCCAAUUUGUCCGUCUCUGGACGAAACCCCAUGUUGGGAGAUAGUUAACUUGGAGAAAAUCUGCUGCAACUUCACUGUAGACUCCUGUCCGCUAGAGGGCAGCACUGCUGUGCCUAACUCCCUCCCCUUUCCCAUUGUAAUGCCAAUCAAUAUCCACCCUCCAGUUACUUCCUCUGCCCUCUGACCUCAUGCCUCAACAUCAUCAGGGCGUUUCAACACUUAAAAACAGAGGACGAGGACAGAGGAGGGAGGCAACUCAGGCAAGAUGCCGUUUAAGUCGGACUUGCAUGGGGUUCAUGAUUCCUCCAUCCUCCCUCAAUGCCUUCUCUGUUUCCUCCACAUGAGCAGCACAGAGGCAAGAGGAAAUGACUGGAGACAAGGUAUUGAUAUGUACACAUACUCUCUCAUCUAGCACCCAUGUAACUGUCUAAGUAUAGUACUGAUAUAUGGCCACCAGAGGGAGCACUGGAAUAGGAAAGAGAAGCAUGUCCAGACUUUCCACACACUAUUUAAAGGCUAUUUAAAUUGUUAAAAAAUAUAUGAAUUUAGCUGCUGCUGUCCGCUGACCAUUGUAUUGCAGAAACAGGCUGAUAUUAAUAUACGUACAUGUGUUGCAGUAAUUGAGUGACCAUGGUAUUUUAUUAAUAAUAUUCUUCUGAGGUGGUGAAUGUAGCCGUGGCACCUUAAAUUAAUAAUAAUAGCAUUCCGCAGUUAGAGGUUGAGCUUAAGCUAUGCUUUGCCCCCCUUUGUGUUUUGUUAAUAAAGUUUCUACAAGGACCUGA